AUGAUUCACGAUAUAAUUCUAUCUCUUCUUUCCGAUAAAGAAUCAAAAGUCAUAAAAGAUUUAAUGACUUUGGAAAUUUCAUCAAACUUUAUUCAUCCUGCUGAAAUGAAAACAUUAAAAGAUAUCAGCAAGAUAUCAAACUUUUACCGAGAAAUAAAGAAAUUUAUUUCUCAGUAUAGUACAUGUGCAAAUGAGAACUCACGCAUUACCCUUGAAAUCGAAGCAAAUCCUCUUCCUCCCGGAUUUUAUCUUCAAGCCUUCGCUAACGGAUUAGAAGAUGCAAUGGAAUUCUACAAUGAUACUGUCAUGGAUCUUGAAAAGAAAUUCCUUCGAAAGCCUACACUCAGUCUGAUGUUUAUUUUUCACGAACUUGAAAAGUUUCGUCCUCUUUUUGAAUUCGCAAUUCGAUUCAUAAAUGGAUUAAAAUCUCAACGUCUCUUUGGAUGUCAAAUUCUGCAAUAUCUUCAAGAUCAUGCGAUGCAUGGUGACAGUUCCAUCAUGAAAUUUGUUCAAAUUAUUCAAAAAUCGGUUUACAUGGUGUUCAUUCAACAACUUUGUCAAUGGGUAAUGUAUGGAAAGUUCGUUGAUAUUUAUGGAGAGUUCUUCAUUUGCCACAUCGAAGAAAAUCAUGAUAAACAUCCAACGUUGAAUACACAAUAUUCAGCAACAACUUUCCAUUCAUCCGAACCGAGUAUUAAUCUUGAUUUGUGGCAUUACGAAAUAAAUUAUGAAAUGCUUCCCAUUUACUUUCCAAAAUCAUGGGCAGAAAAAGUUCUUUUCAUAGGACAAACGGUUCUUAUGUUCAACUCAGAUGCAAGAGAAACAGAGAAAAAUAUGCCGGCAGAAUCUUCUGAGUUUAUUGAUGCACCUGAAAAGCAUACAGUGUGGGGUGAUCGAGAGCAAAUAUUGUUUGGAAAGUUUCACAUUCUUCAAGAUAUUGAUAAACUUACAGUUCUAACAUUUGAGAAGAUUGUAGAUGAGAUAAAGUUGUGUGUCACGGAGCAUUUAAGUGAUAUUACAGUCAUAGAAGCGGAUCUCGUGAAACAAUUAAAACUUAUCAAAGAUUUUUAUUUGCUUGGUCGUGGUGAGCUUUUCUAUGAGUUCAUCAAAGCAUUGAAACCUUUGAAAUCGAAAAAUCUUGGUGAUGAUAAUGCUCGUGCUAUAAACCAAGCAUUUCAAUUGGCAGCUACGAGUGUCAACAUCAUCGAUGAGACUGAACUUUUUUAUUUUGAAGUCAUCAAAAAUAACGACAAAAGCAAGGAUGAAAAUGGCCAAUCGAUCAUCCUUGAAGCAACAAAUUUCUUUGAUUCAGUUUUUCUUCGAUACAAGAUCAAAUGGCCACUUCAUUUACUCUUCUCACCAAAAGUUCUUGAACAUUAUAAUGAAUUGUUUCGGUUCCUAAUAAGAAUUAAAAAGACUCAACACGAUCUUCAUUUGGUUUGGUGUCAUCAUCGUGAAGAGAAAAUCGAGAGAAGCAGCGAACUUCUACAGUUCAGAAACAAAUUAAUGUUCAUCGUUGAUAAUCUUCAAUAUUAUCUUCAAGCUGAUGUUCUUGAAAGCCAAUUUAGUAUCAUGAUGGAUAAACUUCGUGAGACAAAAGAUUUUGAACAAAUUCAACGCGCUCAUAGCUGCUUUCAAGCUAACAUUCUCGGUCAUUGUUUUCUACUAGAGUCAGCCCAACCAAUGACACGAUCUGUGAUCGGAAAUAUGUCAACAUCAACAACUAAUCCAGUUUUCGAUAUCCUUGAUAAGAUUCUUUGUCUUACCGACGAAUUCACUGCAUUUACUUACAUCGUUUCGAAUCCAAUGUGCGAAAUUGACAGACAAACUUUUUACAUAUUCGAAGAUACUUUCUCAGAACAAGUUUCGUCUCUUCUUAAAUUAUUGUCAAGUCUUCAAACAAGUGCACAACCAUUAGCACAACUUCUCUUAAGAUUAGAUUUUAACUAUUGGUUCAGUACGGAAAUUGAAAGUAAAAAUAAUGUUCAAAAAUAUUGA